CUUAUAUUUAUUACAUUUUUACAUUCUAUUCUCUCUUAACUUCAAUUUCAACAUAGUUUCUCUUUUUAUAUAUCGUCGUCAUGAAGGAUAUAUGUAAUGUAGUUCAGGAUUUGAAACCUACUUUGUUAAUGGUUGUGGUGCAAAUAGCAUUUGCUAUUGUUAAUAUUCUCUACAAGCUUGCUGUUAACGAUGGCAUGAACUUGAGGAUCGUUGUUGCCUAUCGUUAUAUCUUCUCAACUGCUUUCAUUGCUCCACUUGCUUUCUUUCUUGAAAGGAAGAAGAGGACAAAGAUGAGUUGGAUGAUACUGUUUCAGUCUUUUCUAUGCGGUUUGUUUGGAGGAGCAUUAGCUCAAAAUUUCUAUUUGGAGGCCUUGGCUUUAACUUCAGCAACAUAUGCAUCCGCAAUGGCCAACCUUAUACCAGCUGUAACAUUUAUCAUGGCCCUUUCCUUAGGCAUGGAAAAAUUAAAUUUGAGAACGAAAGCAGGGAAGGCAAAGAUAAUAGGGACACUAAUUGGAAUUGGCGGGGCAAUGGUCCUUACUUUCGUUAAAGGUGUUGAAAUCAAGAUGGGAUCAUUUCACUUAAACCUUUUGCAUCAUCAAAACGGUGUCGUUUCGCACCCACACGUUACUAUCUCUAGUGGUAAAACCUUUUUAGGUUCUCUCUGUGCAUUGGCUAGUAGCAUCUCUUAUGCAUUGUGGCUUAUUAUUCAGGCAAAGAUGAGUGAAAGAUACCCGACACAUUACUCAAGUACAGCGUUGAUGUCUUUUUGGGGGUCAUUGCUUUGUAUUGUAUUUGCUCUCUGCUUUGAGAGGGAUUGGAAUCAGUGGAAAUUGGGUUGGAAUAUUAGGCUACUAACUGUUACUUAUGCGGGUAUAGUGGUUUCAGGAGCAAUGGUGGCUGUAGUUUCAUGGUGUGUGCACUUGAGAGGUCCACUCUUUGCCUCUGUUUUUAGCCCUCUAAUGCUGGUUAUCGUGGCAUUGGUCAGUUGUACCAUGUUGAAUGAAAAGCUACACCUUGGAAGCAUCAUUGGAGCAGUGUUAAUAGUAUGUGGCUUGUAUGCGGUUGUAUGGGGUAAAAGUAAAGAGAUGAAAAAGAAGAAUCAAUUAGUGCCAUCACAAAGUCAACAUGAAUUUGACACAGUUGAAAUAGUUGUGAAGUCUCUCGGAGAAGAUAAAAACAAUGGUCAAGCUAAUAAUGUUCAAGUGGUUAAGGAUAAUGAAGGUUCACCGGCAGAGAAACACGAAGAGCAAAGUGAAAAUGAAAAUGUACAAAAUAAAGAAAAAGUAGGUGGAGGAGAAGAAAAUGCUUGUAAUAUCUAAUAUGAUAAUUAUGUAUUUCGAUUAUAAAUAUAAACAAAAGUUAGUGUGCAUUUGAUUUAAAAA